CGUCGUGGACCGGCGAUAAUCGCCAGUCAGUUUGUUCCCCCGUGAGCGCGCGGUCCUCGUCGUUCUCGCGAGAGGUUUUUCCCCUCGGUCUUUCCUCCGUUCGCGCGCGUUAUUACUCGCGUUUCCGACAAUCCGCGGGUGUGUGCGGCUGUGAAUAAUCCACUACAUGGGAACAAUCGUUAUCGUGAGAAUUCCUCAGAUAAAGAAAUAGCGGUGAUAAUUGUUAAUGGACGCGAUAUCUAGCGCUUUGAAAUUGAUCGCCAACUGGCGUAAUAUUUCUUCGCGGAUAUCUCUAUCCGUGAAUCUUAAAAUACAUAUUUACUGCUAGCUGCUUAUCACAUUUGGAUAAUAUUAUAUAUUUUUGUGUAUUCGCGUGUGCUCUAAUUUUUUUUUAUUUUUUUUUUUUAGAACGAGGAGGAUUUUUCGAACCCUCCGCGACUCAUCUCGCGGACGAUCAUCGAUCUAAUGUUCGAGACAGCUUUAUUCGUAUCGCUUAUCGAGCGCUCUACCCACGUUAAUAAUCCGCCCCGCGGAACGUAUUGGUCGCGUACAUGCGUGCGCGCGCGUACGCAUCCGCUCUUUCCCGCAUCAUCCGCGUCCCACUGGGAAAACGCGCGCGCGUUCGAUCGUUCUACUUCACCGCGAGCGAGCGAGCGUUGAAUUAUUCCGGCUGCCUCGUCGUGAAUGCGGUGGGUACAGUAUCGCGCGUUUUACACGGUCGUAGACACUCGUGCGGAAACCUCGUCGGCCGGUGUUUCCGCCGAGAGAGGGAAUUAGCGCGACGAAGACGCGCGGCUGCUGCGCCGCUACCCUCGGUAGCGCCGUGUCUCUCUUUUCUCUCAUUUCGACGUCCUCGUGAGAGAGAGAGAGAGAGAGAGAGAGAGAGAUAAAAGGAGGAAAAAGUUGUGAAAAAAGUGUCGCGCGUGUCCGCGACGCCUAAAAAUAAAGGUGCGUCGUUCGACAGCUCGGAUUCGCAGCGAUCUUACGCGCGUGUCCGAUGUGAGUCACUCGUCGAAGUAUUAAUCGUCCUCGAAGUGUCAUCGCGAACACGUCGCAAUGAUUACGGACUGGUUGGACACAUGGUUCGGCCGGCCGAAAAAAUCCGGACGCGGGGGUGGGCCGCGUGGCUAUUCUGGCAGCAACACCAUGCCCAGGCCACAUUCCGGCGACGAUAUCAACGAGAUCGAGCAACAGCGUUGCAUCAUCGAGGGGAUGGAUGAAGAGACGGUGAACGAUAGAUUCGAGGAAAUGCUGGCCAAUAUGAAUCUAACGGAAGAAAAGAAAGAACCGCUGCGACAGCAAUCAGAGUCGAAAAAGAGAGAGAUGCUGGUGUUGCACUAUAAGGGCAGCAUACAGGAGAAUCGAUCGAAAUUCGACAAACCAGCGGACUACAUACAGUAUCUGGCGCAGCCCGAUUUGAGCGUAAAUAAGAUCUACAACUGCAUCGAGUCUCUCAGAAUCGCGCUCACUAACAAUCCGCUUAGCUGGGUACAGGAAUUUGGCACCAAAGGUCUCAAGCAAGUUCUGGCUACUCUCAAUGAGUGUUACCGAAAUGCCUUCAUAUGUUACGAUAGUGAUAACCGUUACGAGCGGAUACAAUACGAAUGUAUUCGCUGUUUAAAGGCUAUCAUGAAUAACACCGUUGGUAUAAAGGAGAUGUUGGCUCAUCAAGAGGCUCUCACCAUCGUGGCAAGAUCAUUGGAACCAUCGAAGCCGUCCGUAAUGUCCGAAGCUGUAAAGUUACUCGGCGCUGUGUGCCUAAUAUCCAGCGACAGUCACAAGAAAGUUUUAGACGCGGUUACUAUGAACGGCGAGUUCAAAGGUCGCGAAAGAUUUCUGCCAAUUGUACAGGGUUUGAUGAACAAGAAGAAUGAAAAUUUAAGGGUAGUGUGUCUUCAACUCAUAAACUCGAUAAUAUCAUCCGCGGAUGACUUAGAUUUUCGCUUACACCUAAGGAACGAGGUAAUGCGAGUAGGUCUAGCCGACAUUCUUGAAAUGUUAGAAAAAGAUGAGUCAGAAGAUUUGGCGACGCAUUUAAAGAUCUUCAAUGAUCACAAAGAGGAAGAUUAUGAGGAGUUUGUACAGAGAUUUGACAACGUACGCUUAGAAUUAGAUGACGUUAAUGAUUGCUUUGAAGUUGUAAAAAAUAUGGUGAUGGAUACUUCCGCCGAACCAUACUUUCUAUCUAUACUUCAGCAUCUUUUAUUUAUUCGAGAUGAUGCUCUAGUUCGACCGGCGUAUUAUAAAUUAAUUGAGGAGUGUAUAUCGCAAAUUGUGUUGCAUCGUUCAGGCUGUGAUCCAGAUUUCAGCGCAACAAAACGCUUCCAGAUUGAUGUACAACCGUUAAUUGAUACCCUAGUCGAAAAGUCACGGGCCGAGGAGGAACGCCGAUUGGUAGAGGUGUCGCAAAAAUUAGAGGAAGCUAUAGCUAGUAGACAAGAAGCCGAGGCAAAGCUUCAGCACGCGGAAAACAAGAUCAAAGAACUGGAGCAAGGAACGGGGAAACCUGGUGGUCCGAGGGCAGGUAUAUGUCCGCCUCCACCACCUAUGCCCGGAAUGGGCGGCGGACUACCACCACCGCCACCACCGCCUCUUCCUGGUGGUGGUGGCGGUCCACCUCCACCACCGAUGCCUGGAAUGACAUGUCCACCUCCGCCACCUAUGCCAGGUUUGAAGGGACCUCCACCUCCACCUAUGCCUGGAAUGGGAGGACCUCCACCACCACCGCUACCAGGAAUGGGACCUCCACCGCCACCGAUGAUGGGAGCAUUAUCUCCACCGCCUCCUAUGGUACAAGUUUUACCUCAUGGGUUGAAACCAAAAAAGAAAUGGGAAGUAGAUGGUCCAUUGAAAAGAGCAAAUUGGAAAGCGAUUUUGCCUCACAAAUUGACAGAAAAGUCGUUCUGGACCAAAGUACAGGAAGACAGAUUGGCUAGUCCGGAAAUUUUGGAUGGUCUCGCGCAGAAAUUUGCUUCGAAACCGAGUGGCAGAAGAAUGGAUGAUGUAGUUGACAAGUCCGCCCCAACGAAAAAAAUAAAAGAUCUUAAAGUUUUGGAUAGUAAGGCGGCUCAAAAUAUAUCGAUACUUCUUGGUGGCACGUUAAAGCACAUGCCUUAUAUGGAAGUGAAAAGAUGUUUAUUUAGAUGCGAAGGACCAGUUAUUUCGGACAAUAUAUUACAAGGAUUGAUUCAGUAUUUGCCACCGCCCGACCAAUUGUCGAAGUUACAGAUGUACAAGGAUCAGUACGAUGAUUUGACUGAAGCGGAACAGUUUUGUGUUACGAUAUCCACGAUAAAAAGGUUACUGCCCAGAUUGAGAUCAUUAAGUUUUAUGUUGCGGUACGAAGAGUUAAUACAAGAUAUAAAACCUGACAUAGUGGCGGCUACAGCGGCAUGCGAAGAAGUAAAGAAUAGUAAAAAAUUCGCACGGAUUCUCGAGUUAAUAUUAUUACUUGGAAAUUAUAUGAAUUCUGGUUCCAAAAAUGGUCAAGCGUUCGGAUUUGAGAUUAGUUUUCUUACAAAGCUUACUAGUACUAAAGAUAUCGAUAACAAGCAAACUCUUAUGCAUUACUUGGUGGAUACCAUAGAGAGAAAGUUUCCGGAAUGCCUCAGCUUCGUUGAGGAAUUGGCACAUGUAGAUCGCGCCAGUCGAGUAUCUUUAGAGAAUGUUCAAAGAACGUUACGUCAAAUGGAGACUAAUAUUCGUAAUCUCGAACAAGAUCUUACGAAUGCCAAAGUUCCGCAAUGCGACGAGGAUCUAUUUAUAGACGUUAUGAAACCGUUCGCCAAGAAAGCUAGGGAAUCUUACGAGGUUCUGCAGAAUAUGUUCAAAAAUAUGGAUGCUCUCUACACAGACAUCUCUGAAUUCUUUUCCUUCGACAAGCAGAAGUACACCAUAGAGGAAUUCUUUGGCGAUAUCAAAACAUUCAAAGACGAUUUCUUGCAAUCGCAGAGGGAAAUAAUAAAAUUGAAGGAGGGCGAGGAAAAACAGAGACGAGCGAGAGAAGCGCGCGAGAAAGCGGAAGCGGAAAAGGCGGCACGAGCCGCACGUAAACGGGCAUUAGUAGAUAUGAACGCGCACGAAACUCAGGAGGGUGUUAUGGAUAGUCUGAUGGAAGCACUCCAAACGGGAGCAGCCUUUAGUCGUCCAGAUCAACGACGAAAGCGACAAACUCGCGUAGCUGGUGGUAAGUUGUAUAGGACCUACGUCGAGCGACAAAUGGCAAAGAAGGACCAAGCAGCUCAAGCACAUAUAUUUAAUAAUAAUACUUUAGACAAGCCUACUAUAUUAAUGAAUGGAUUUGAAAAUCUAACUCCAACUGAAAUCAGACGACGCGAUAUACUUCCGAGCAUUGUGACUGAAUUACGUGCAACAGAUGAUUCCACAAGCUUCUUUACGCCGGAAGAGAAUCGAGAAGUGUUCAAGCGAAUGUUGAUAAACGAGGCGAAAAAGACGCCUAGGCAGACAAAGUAUUUAUCCAGAGUCACGUUUUUUCAAAAAAAGAAAUUAUGCAGCCGUUGUAAUCAAGCAUAUUACACAAAAAUGUCGGUGUAUGACGAAACGCCGAAGAGAGAUAUUUUGUUAAAAACAUUCAGAAACCUAGAGUCCAGAUGCAUUAAGGAUGUUGAAUUGGACUUGACCCCGCUAGUCGAUAAAAACAUCUUUAUUAAUCGAGCGAGUUUGCUUAGUCCGGUUAAGCAAAGGCGCGUCGUAGUCAACAAGAUACGCAAAAGAAACAGCAUUAUACGUCGCGCUAUAUCGAAUCGCAAGCGUAUGCGUGCAAACAAUACAAUCGCAAAGUGUCGUAGGUUGACUUUCUUGCAAAGUCCAUCCAGUAUGAGUACUACUAUGCCAUUGAUGGUGAACACACCGGUUGUAGGCACAAAUUCUGCAAAUAAAAAAAUGUCAAAAUCAUUUGAUGGUAUUCAUACUAAGAUAUUCAAACCGGCAUUUGCGCCAAUGAAAAGACUCUUAAGAUCAAAAAAUUUUGAAAAUCUAACGCUAUAUGACGAAAAUCAAAACAUACAGGAUUUGAGAAGGUCGGGAUUUUCAAACUCGAACAUGUCUGCUCAGUUUUCGAAUAGCGAACAGAUAACUAAAGCGCCAUCGCCGCUAGUAGCAGAAAUAAGUGGAGUUACGUUAUUAUCGGAAAAUAGUCCGUUACAUUUAAUAAAAUCAAAUUCUAUUCGUGCUAUUAAAAAAGGUUUAAAUACACGUGAGGAAACUUCUAGACAUUUUACAUAUACAUAUAAGCAAUUUAUUCCGGCAACAAGCAAUUUAAAUGCAAAAAAUUAUUAUGAAUUGAGAAAGAAGGCUAGGUCAUGGAAAAAGAAAUGGAAGUUUUGGCAAACCCCGACAAAUACUAUUUAAUAAAACUAUAUGCUGCUUUAAUAUUUAUACAAAAUGCACUGAUAACGAAAAUAGACAUUAAUGAGAGAAAAAAUCUUUUUAAUUAAUUUAAUUAAAAAUCUUUUUAAUUGCGAAGAAACUUGUUCUAAAAAGCGUUAAGAGAUGCAUACUCUAAAAGUCUUUUAAUUUUUCCAUUAAAAUCGGCGACAGUCUUAUUUUAAAAACAUGUUGUGCAUAUUGCAAUAAUAUUUUAAUGAUAUAAUUCCUGAGUAAUUAUAUUCUUAGAGAAUACAAUGUACAAAUAUUUUACACUAGUCAUAUUAAUUAGUAAUCUUUUACGCUUUUUUAUUUAUUUUGAGAACAGUAAGAUUCAAGGAGAGAGAGAUAUAUCUAUAUAUAUAAAUUUGUAAUUACGUGCCGUACGAACUAUUCAAGACUGCAAUUAUAAUAUUUGUGAUACUAGGAGGGAUCUGAUUUGCAGUAUUUUCAUGUAAUAUAUAAAUACUCUAUUAAUAUGUUAAAAUUAAAGAAAUGAGAAUGAACAUUUGUAACGGAAAGUUUUGAGUUUUAUGUACGUAUUUGACGCACGCAAAUAUUUUAUUGAUUACUGCAGAAAUUGAUUACUGCAUUAUACAAGAACGCAUUAAUAAGAUAGAGAUAGAGUCGAACUUCUGUCACGUUUUGAUUACUUAUGUAUCUAGAUCACAAACUUAACUGAGAUGUAGGUGGUAUGUAAUUUUACAAUUUUUCCUGAUAUUGAUGAUUGUAAUGUUAUAUUAAAGUACUUCUGUUUUUUUCUAAUAUACGUUGCUUUGUAAAAAUUUAAAUUGUCAUUAUUUAUGUAUUUCAAAUUUUAAGUGUGACAUAAAGCAAUCGAGUUUUUAAUAAAACAUGUAUCAAAGAUUAUCUUGUAAAAACCGUAUACAUAUAUAUAUUUAUAAUUAAAUGCAGAGUAAUGAGUUA